GCCCCCUCAUCUUACUCCUCAUUCCAGGUGUUCUGUAGCAUCCAGCCGUUCACAGAGCCUCGCAUCAUCUCUUUCUCAAAAGCGACGGAUUAUCAUGGAUAUUGACAAGUCACUCGAAGAGAUCAUUGCGUCCAAGCCUCGUCGCGGGAGGAAUGGACGAGGUGGAGCACGCAGAGGUGCAUCAGCGCCUCAAUCAGGAGCUCGAGCUCGAUAUGCUGGGCAGACGCCAAAAUCUGCUGCGACCGCUCCCCCCGCUAAAGCCUUCGCCGCGGACGCUAUGAAGAUUAUCAUCAGCAACUUACCCAACGACGUGACUGAGGCCGCAGUUAGGGAUCUUAUGCAGUCCACAGUCGGGCCCGUCAAGUCCGUUCAGAUGACCUAUACGGCUACUGGCAAGAGCACAGGACAGGCCACGAUCCUCUUCAAGAACAAGGGAGACGCGAACAAAGCUCAUGCUUCAUAUCACAACAGAAUGAUUGACAACCAGCGCCCGAUGAAAGUGGAGAUCGCUCUUGAUCCCAACCAAAUGGUCUCCCUCGCUUCUCGUGUCGCCCCAGCGGCGCCUACCCGAGGCAAAGCUGUCAGCAGGGGCCGAGGCGCUGGUCGUGCUCGAAAUCCUCGCCCUGCCAAAAAGUCGGCAGAGGAGCUUGACGCGGACAUGGCGGCGUACAAAUCGACUGACGCUUGAGAAAAAUUAUGAG